AUCGUUGGCGCUACCUCCGCUGCCCCCCGGCGUGCCCCCCUGCGAGGUGCCCGCGGACCAGGUUCCCUCCGCGCUGUUCGACUACUACAGCCCGGAGGAGAUCGGGUGGGAGGGCUGGUUCCGACAUGCCGCGGCGCUGGAGGCCGAUGAGGUGCUGUGUUCGCAGCAGACGGCGGAGCUGCUGGCGGAGGUGCUGGACCCGCAGCCGUGCGACCUUCUGCCGGGCACGGAGGCGGGCGAGGCUGCUCUGGUGGAGGAGGUUGCGGGUCUGGGUAUUCUGCCGCUGCUGUACUCGGAGCCUCCCUGCUUCAGCGUGAAGGAGGUGGUGGAGGAGGCGGUGCGGGGGGUGGCGCUGGAGGCGCUGCGGAGGAGGGGGGUGGUGGAUGUGGCGGCGGGGGUGCAGGGGCUGCUGGAGGCAUGGAGUGGUCUGCUGCGGAGCUUCGAGGAGGAGCAGGAGCGGCCGCAGCUGGUGGAGGCGGUGCGGGGCCGAGUGAGCGACUGGGCCUUCGAGCUGCUGGACAAGGCCUCCAAGACGCGGCCCUCCUCCUCCUCCACCUCAGCCGGCAGCAGCAGCAGCCCCAGCAGCGGUCCCCCCCUGGAGCGGCUGGACCGGCUGCGCAAGCAGCUCACCAGCGAGGCCUUCACCCUCAUGUCACGCACGCUGCGGCUGUCGGCGGUGCACUAUGCAGCGCGACUCAAGACCUGCGAGGACAUCAAAGAGAGGACCCUGCAUGCGAUAGCGAACUUCAAGGAGAAGAAUCAGCCGGCGCCGGCGGAGACCAAGCAGCAGCAGGCGGGCGGCAAGGGCGGAGGCGGAGGGGGCGGCAAGCAGACCAAGACGCGGCAGAGUGACACGGUGACCAAGCAGAUGGAGGAUAUGACUACUGAAAGUAAUAACCUGGCUUCCGAGAUCCUCUUCCUGAGCAGCACCGUGAAGACCGUGCAGGCCGCAGCAGAUAAGAUGGCGAGGUUGGCUCGCGAGUAUCAGGGCCUGAGCGCCCCCAGCGUCUCCCCCUACACCAACCCCGUGAUGGGGCUGCACGGCGCGCUGCCGGCGCGCGAGGUGGACGUGUGGAGCAGCAAGGGUCCGCAGGCGGCUGCGGAGGUGGUGGUGGAGGUGCUGCGGUCGGUGCAGUUCUACUCCUUCCAGCUGUGCCUGCUGGAGUCGGUGGUGGAGUCGGUGCAGCUGUCCUGCCGCGGGGCGCUGCGCAGCGCGCUGGUGUCGGAGCCGCUGCUGGACAUUGGGGCUGCGGGGGUGCUGUGGCCGCGGCAGUGGCUGCAGGAGCAGCUGAGGAGGGUGGUGUCGAAUGUGGAAGCGGAACGUCUGGUGCUGGAUGAAGACCUGCAGGCAAAGAAGCGCAACAAGGAGAGGGAGGCCAAGGCCAAGAAGCAGGGCAAGAAGGAGGACGAGAAGAAGAGGGAGGAGGAGCGCAGGCGGAAGGAGGAGGAGGAGCGGAAGGAGGAGGAAGAGCGCGAGGCGAAGGCGCAGCAGGAGGAGCGGGCGCGUCUGGAGAGGGAGCGGGAGGAGAAGGAGAAACCCCCGGCGCCCGCGCCCAUGCGAUUCGGCGAAACCUUGAUAGAAGAAGAUGAUCAACAGCCGGAAGCGAAAGGCAAGGCAGCUGAGAAGGCAGCAGCAGCAGCGGCGUCGUCAGCGGCGGCGGCCGCCAAGUCGGCGGCGGCGGCGGCUCCGAAGGCCGGCGGCGCUGCUGCAGCCGGCGGAGGCGGCGGAGGCGCUCGGAGGGACGGGCCGUCGUCACUUCAGGCGCGGUUGGCGAGCCGAGACAGGGACAGGGACAGGGAACAUCUGCCGCCGCCGGCGUCGCCGGCGGUUGUGGGAAAGAAAGACGCCGCGGCGCCGGCGGGACGUGGUGGGGCGCCGGCGGCGGCGGCACCAGCUGCCGGCGACACCUCCGCCGCCUCCGCUGCUGCACGCAAGGGCAGCGGUGCGCCUCCGCCGCUGCCACAGCAGCAGCAGCAGCAGCAGCAACCACCCAAGCAGGGCGGGCAUGGUAAGGAGGGCGCCGCUUCUGCCGCCGCCGCCGGAGGGCACGGCGGCAAGGCAGGCGGCCCGAAGGACGCCUCCGCUGGAGGAGCUCCCAAGGAGGCACCCGGCGGCAAGGGCGCGGCAGGCGGCAAGCCGGCUGACGGGGGCCGCGGAGGCGCCCCGCAAUCGCAGCAACAGCAAGGAGGGAAGGCGCAGGGAGGUGGAGGUGGAGGAGGAGGGCGGGGUGGCGGAG